AUGGCAGUUCGUGAUACCCUUGAUGCCAACAGACAAAAUGAAAUCGCGUAUCAUGAAGAAUUACGGGUUCGUACGGAUGAUGCGUGCCAAUGGAUCAUAUCUGAUGAUAAGUUUUCCUACUGGAAAUUGAAUUCACGCGAUACGAACUUUUGUGUCUUAUUUGGAGACAUGGGUUGUGGAAAAACCAUGACAACCGCUUACCUUGUUGACGUCCUUAAGGAGCAAGCUCCUGAAAAGCAAUACGUCUGCGCUUACUACUGCAAAGAUGAUCAAGAAACUACAAAUCUCGGCAAUAUUUACAGAAGUCUUAUAUGGCAAUUGCUUAAACGGGAGCCUGCGCUAAAGGACAGAUUCCAAAUCUGGUAUGAGGAGAACAAUUCUGCUGGCCAAGUGGAUGCAACGCAGUCCGCCAUUAAAUUGCGCGAAUUCUUACACGACACUCUCUCUUCUUCAGAAAAGUUGGCUUUUAUUUUCUUGGAUGGCUUGGAUGAAUGUCAUUUCACUCCUCGAGAUGAACUGCUAUCCCUCUUCCGUGAGCUCAGCGAACAAAAUGCUCGGGUGAAGAUUUUCAUUUCUUCCCGAUAUGAUGACGAGAUUCAGCAAUCUUUGCCGCCUAGCGCCAGCCGAAUUGAUCUUUGUUUGACGCAUGAGAGAAGUUUAAUGAUUGCCAAGCACCUCGCCACCAAGUUCAAGAUCCAGGAAGACAUUCGUGAUAGAGUGGCCGACGAGCUUUCUCAAAGAGCCAACGGCUGCGCCAUUUGGCUGCGAAUCGCUUUUGAGUUUCUUAAAACUCUUCAUAUACAGGGCUUGAAACUCAUGGAGACUGAGCUGAAGCGCCUUCAUUCUUAUAAAACCCUCACCAACCUAUAUUGGGCUCUGUUUGAAAAGAUGUGCGCGGGUCAGCAACACAAUGAAAAGUGUCUCAAGAGAGCUCUGGAGACGCUCGCAGUUGCCCAGAGGCCUCUAUCUCUAGACGAGCUUGUUUACACUGUGUUUAUUGAUAUAAAUGACAACACUCAUAUUACCAUAGAUGAGCUGGAAGAGUAUGCCCAAUCUUUGAACCUCCUUGAGCUCAUCCGGCCUUUCAUCAGCACCAUAAAAAUAGAUGGUGGAAAACAAAUUCAACUUCGUCUUGUCCACCAGUCUCUAAAAGAGCUCAUUUUACAGGCUCCACCAUCAGAGUGGAAUCAGGUUGCUCAACGAGAUGGGAAAACAGGCGCUAUCUCACGCGAGGCUGAAUUACACAGCAAUCUCCUCAGACGUUGCGUCAAAUAUCUCCUCUUAGAUGAAUGUGAGAGAAUUGAUCUUUCCUCGAGCUUCAAGACUGCUCAUGAAGAUGAACAUCUCCGUGGGUUUAACGGCUUUUUUGACGAUGACGAAGAUACAGCCGAUUCAUUAGAGAUCUUCAAUCCGUUCAAAGUUGGGCUCGGAAGAUUUUUUACCUAUGCUGCUUCGUACUGGGCAGCCCAUAUGUCAGACACUUCACAAGAACUGUGGCUUGAUCAAGCAACUUUUAUCAAAUUAUGCACUCCCGGCUCUCAGCGUCUUGAAAACUGGGUUGUGCAGUGGACAAGGUCGAACUGCUCUGGUUCUAACGCAUUCAAAUCGUUAGAAGUUAUGUCACAAGUUGACCCCGUCGUUGUAGCUGCUGCUCUUGCUCCAGUAGCUUACAUGACUGGCCUACUUAAACUCCAUAAUUUGAACCUUGUUCCCGACUCUCUUUGGUUUGCUGUCAAGCAGCUAAUCGAGCGAAAUUGCAUCUCAACUAUCCACGAUAUUCUGAGGGACGAGGUCCUUGGGGUGAAUCUACGCUCCACGCCGUUUAUCAUGGAUGUGGUAAAAGUCUGGUCAGAUUUCAGAGUAUUGCAUGGCGUUGUAGCGAAUGAAUGGGAAGAUUUAUUCGAU